AUGCCACUUUUGGCUUUGCUUGGCUAUCUCUGUAUAAGCUUUUCCAUGAAGCUUACUCCUUUAGCCUCAUUUACUGCAUCUUGGGGCUUUAUAGAAGUUUUGAUUCAGGGUCUUUUGUUGUGGUUUUGGGCUGAAUUUGGCAUG